CAGAGCUGAGAGUGAGCUACUGCUGAUCACGCAGAGCUCUGUGCUGCUGCUCCCUCCAUGAGUCUGGAUUAUAAAUAUGUAUUUUGUUAUUUCUGCCAUGAAGGCUCAGAUUGAAAUCAUCCCCUGUAAGAUCUGUGGAGAUAAAUCUUCAGGAAUCCACUAUGGCGUGAUUACAUGCGAGGGCUGCAAGGGUUUUUUCAGGCGAAGUCAGCAGAGUAACGCCAACUACUCGUGUCCCCGCCAGAAAAACUGUCCGAUCGACCGGACGAGCCGAAACCGCUGCCAACACUGUCGUCUGCAGAAAUGCCUGGCAGUAGGCAUGUCCCGAGACGCUGUAAAGUUUGGUCGCAUGUCUAAAAAGCAGCGGGACAGUUUGUACGCUGAGGUUCAGAAGCACCGCCUCCAGCAGCAGCAGCAGCAGGGACCCGUCCCGCCGUGCCCGAGCCUCGGCAGCCCCAGCCUGGCUGAGCCCGACUCCAUCUCCCCCCACUACGCCCUGUCUUCCACGGGCCUCACAGAGCUCCCAGAGGAGGUGGGAUACUACGUGGAGGAGAACACCCCCGACAGAGGAUGCCUGUCAUCCAGGGCAGAUUCAGGAGGAGGUGGAGGGUUCUACCUGGAUAUCCAGCCGUCUCCGGACCAGUCCGGGCUCGACAUCAAUGGAGUCAAACCGGAGCCGCUGUGCGACUAUGAGCAGAGCGACGGCUUUUUCCCAUACUGUUCCUUAAGCAACGGAGACACAUCUCCCACUGCGUCCAUGGCUGAACUCGAUCACUUGGACCAGAUCAUCUCCAAGUCUCACCUGGAAACGUGUCAGUACCUGAGGGAGGAGCUGCAGCAGAUGAGCUGGCAGAGCUUCCUGCAGGACGAGGUGGAGAAGUACCAGAGGAGGCCACGGGAGGUGAUGUGGCAGCUUUGCGCCGUUAAGCUCACGGAGGCCAUUCAGUAUGUGGUGGAGUUCGCAAAACGUAUUGACGGUUUCAUGGAUCUCUGCCAGAACGACCAGAUUGUGCUGCUGAAAGCUGGUUCUCUCGAGGUUAUUUUCGUACGAAUGUGUCGGAUGUUCGACUCACAGAACAACACGGUCUACUUUGACGGCAAAUUUGCAGGUCCUGAUGUCUUUAAAUCUCUGGGCUGCGACGACUUGAUUACGUCGGUGUUUGAUUUUGCUAAGAGCAUGUGUUCUCUGCGCCUGUCAGAGGAAGAACUCGCUCUCUUCUCAGCGUUUGUUCUGUUCUCUGCAGAUCGUUUUUGGCUUCAGGAGAAGCUGCAGGUGGAGAAGCUUCAGCAGAAGACAGAGUUGGCCCUGCAACACGUCCUUCAAAGGAAUCAGAGAGAGGACGGCGUUCUGGAUAAGCUCAGGUGUAAAGUGUCAGCGCUGCGUUCGCUGUGCAGUCGCCACACGGAGAAGCUGAGAGCCUUCAGAGCCGUUUACGCCGACACCAUUCGGACACACUUCCCUCCUCUCUAUAAGGAGCUCUUCGCAGCGGAUCUCGAACUAACCGUGCAAACCAGCAACUAAAAACCAGUCAUGAGCGCCGCAGACUCGACCAGCAUGGAGCUGCUGACCCAGAAGGACCGAGCCCGGUUUCCACGGACACCGAGGGAAUGCAAUGGUGACCCGUUGCAGUGUGGCGGCUGCACUUUCCCUGGACGCCUGAGAAACAGCGGAGAGGGACAGGGGGGCUCUAACUGAGGAGUUCCCAGCAAACUUCACCACAUUCAUAUCUGACUUUAGAAAGCACUUUCAGUAUCAAGCUGAAAGCGAGUCUCUGAUUUGGGCCCUGCUGCACCUCCGUCCUGCUCUCACAGUGGGCACCUGCAGGAUUAGUGGCUGCUAGUUACUGUAACGUUAACUAACCAAUAACCGGCAGGCAAGGACCAGGUUUACACAGGCGCGCCGACCAGCUUCACACACAACUCACAUGUGAAGGAAACGUAUGAGGCAGCUUCACUUAUCUCUGCUCGGCGCGCCGGCUGUGAAGAGGAGACUCCCUGAUGCGAUCAAAAGAUGAAAGUCAAAAUUGGAGUUCACUCAAAGUUCACACCAGGCUUCUGCAGGCCAAAGAUGAAUUUACAUCCACUCAUUUAUAUGUGCAUUUUACAUUUGUGCUUGGGGAAAAAAAGAAACUGUGAGAUAUUACUAAAUGCUUUCACAGUCAGCGGCGGAGGAUGCAGAUGCUGGAAACAUCAAACUUUUCUUGGAAUAACAUCAAAUUUAGGCCAAAAAGUUGUGCAACUAAACCCUUAUCAAAUAACUAGGUCAAAAAAAGAUGUUUUAUUAUGAUUAUAAUAAACUAUAAUGAAGUAGAAAAAUUGUCAACCACACUGCCAGGACAAAGUAUCAAAUAUAACCAGCUGGAUUCGGGUUUGGACUGAUUAAAAUGUUUGAGCUUCACCAACCAUGUUCAGUGAACCAUGUCCCCAGUUUGAGCUGCUUGGGUCAGCGAUCGAUCACUGCUGCCUUCACCAUUUCUCUACGUUUCAUUUCUUUGUUUGGUUCUGUUUGGGUUUCCUUUUUCCCAGCAUGCACUCAUGUUCGCUUCUUCUCAAGCUGUUUAACUGUGAAAGUCUCUUCUCCAGAUUUUCUUUUAACGGGAGCGUGCUUUAAAGUUUCUGCACGUCUGACUUGAUCCAUGAUGACGUUCAGACGUGUCGCCGCGACAGCACUUUCAAAGAAACUUCCCAGACUUGUGAAUGAUGGUGACUGAGUCGGUUUAGACUGAAACAAAAUCCAAAAAGGCUUCAAAUGUUUUUUGGUUUGUUAUCUAUUUAAUUUCAGUCCAGUAAUGGAGUUGGUAAUUAAAUAAAAAAGGCCAUUUGCACAGUUUGUUAGCAUAGUGGGUAAGUUACAGCUAGCACGUGUACACCACGCGGUUCACCGUUUUAACACGUCAACAACACGACAACCAGAACUGCACCCAAGGUCAAAGUUUAAAGCGAUUACAGUGUUCUUACAUGAUUCGCAGUGAAGCUGUCGCCUGAAUUCGAAUUCUGAUUCAGCCACCUUCGCAUAAUUAACCGGUUUAUUUCCAUCUUCACAGCUCCGCGGACGACGCGUAGGGGUGUAAAUUACAAGUUUCAUCAUGAUAUUAAGUGGAUUAACUGGAUGUCUGCUGACUCCAGGAGCCAGCGAUCAAUAUGAGACAAAAACAUUUGUCGAUUUUAUGCAUGACACUUCCAUUUCUAUCAAAUCCCAGCAGGUGACUACAAUAUCACUUCAUAUUUUUGAUUUUGGGUUCUACUAGGCAGUUAAAUGAGACUGAUGAUGCUGUCUGGACCAAAGCAGCACCAGUGAGUCUGCAUCGCCAUCUGGUGGCUUUGAUUCUGAAGCGCAACUUUCCUUUUGCCUGGGUUCUCCAUUUCUUUUUCUUUUCUUUUAAAACAAAUACUUAAAGGAGCUUGAGGCAGGAUUUAUGAAAAAAAUUUGUAUACGUUUUAAGUUUUCUAGUAAUAAUGUCAGAUGAAGCGUUCCAAACCAAAAAGAAUGAGCCCUCUAGUGUAUCUCUCCGUUGCCUUGAACAGGCUGUGUGCUGCAAAAUGUGCUGCAAUUCCGGACCGGAAUUUCCCGCGCUGUCCUGCUGAUGUGACGUCACAUGACGCUGCAUGCGCGUUCUCUGCGGCGCACGAGUAAAAUUGGAUACGCGUUUGAGUCAUGGAGGCAGCUUCAACUUGAAUUGGGACUGAAAACAGAUGCUGACAUGGCUCAUUUCCUACUGACCAGGUAAAAUAACAUUGUAAGUCAUAUUUAGACCUUGAUUUGAAAAUCACAUGAGAUUACACACGCGCUCCCGUACCAGCUUCGCUGUUGGCUGCAGGAACCCCGACGGUCGUCGUGGCGCCAAUGAGUCUCAUUUCUUAUUCUUGCCUCAUGCUCCAUUUAUGAUUGACUUUGUUCAGUUGGGUACAUGUUUAUUUAGUCCAUGCAGCAUCCUCCUACUGGAGACAAAAUAUAACAGAUUUAAAGUGGAUUUGAGCUGAUAAUCGAUUAUUGAGAUAAUCGUCGACAUGCUUGACUGAAAAAUGAAUAAUGAUAAGUAAAAGGUCACUGGAUUAGAAACUCUUUUGUUCCUCAUUAAAAACAUUUGGUCACGUUCAACCUGAAAACAACAGAAAUUCCCCUGGUGAAGCUGCGCGGGUUGAUAAACACCGCUGCAUGUGCUGUAUGUAGUCAUUUUUCCUCUUUUAAAUGGUUAUUUUUUGUAAUGAUGGGUGGCGGCCCAGAUAUCGUGACCUCUGCAUGUCCUGAGCUCUGAGGAUGCUGACCCCUGUCAUGCUCCAGCUCAACUUUGUUGUUCCGGCUUUGUGACUUUUAUUCCUACAAAAGUAAGUCACCAAGCAUUUUUCUGGGAAUUAAACAUUCCCGACUGCCCUGCAGUUUGGUUCUUCUCACAGCAAGCUAUCUUCAAAAAUUGUACACGUUUUAAAAUUCUGCGGUAAACUUCCAUCCAUCCUGGUUUCCAUCCGUCCUGUUUUAUUCCCAUUUGGGGUCAUAGGGGUAGGCUGGAGUCCUGCAGGGGUCUUCAGGGGUCCAUCGCAGGGUCGAGUACAUUCGAAUAACCACAACAUGUUUUUGGGUUGUGAGAGGAAGCCGGAGCAACCAGAGAGAACCCAGGAAAACACGGGGGGAGCAUACAAACGUCACGCAUAGAAAAGGGUCCUAGCGGGAUUUAAUCCUGGAACGUUCCCGCUGUGAGUCAACAGCUCUGACCGCCAGGAUGUCAAAUUGAUUUAUAAAAAUGAUUUUACAGCCAGGAAAGCAGAGACUGAAAUACACAAAACGCACUUAAUGUUUAGAUGUAGGGACCCUUUAAACUGGAGGAAGUGGUUUACGACCCACCCGACCCUAAAUGUUCACUGUUGACUGGUCAGGAUCCGGUUAGAGGCCUCAGCUUCUGUUCUUCCGCAGGUGAGCUGUUCAGAUUUGUAGAGGUUCGUAGUGGGACAUCACAUUUCACAAAGACUUCCGGAAAUGGUGAAAGUUUGAAAAAAAAUAAAUCUUUUCUUUAAUAAUUUGCACUAAGUCGUACAGCUGUUGUUAAUCACAAAAACAGAAUGUGUAUCUUCUAAAUAAGUUUAAACUGUAAUUUCUACCUUUGAAACAACAAAAAUGUCAGUUUUUCUGCUCUCUGGUGGAGAUCAGCUCGGCCAGAACGAAUAACUGCUCACUUGUCUCCUGGAAUCCAGAUAAAACCUUUAAAACUCAGUGAUGAACAUCAGGCACUUUCAAUCCAAGAACUUUACUUCUUCCAUUUAUUUUUUUACACCAAAUCGAGUCGACCCUUUGUGGGUAAAUCUGAGUAAUUUAGAAUAAAAUAUCAGAUCGUUUAAGGAAACCGGCUGGAAAACAUGGUAAAAAAUAACUCCACAUUCUGAUUUAUUAAAUAAUAAAAUGAUAAAAAUGUAAGAACUCAAAGGCAUGCAAGAGUGCAGAAAUGUAGACAUUUAUCUUUCAUAUUGCUGCUUAACAUUUCAAAGCAUUUGAUCAUUUGUGGUUUCAGGCUGGUUCUUUUUUGGGGGGGAAAUCUGGGAUUUGCAACCACAGACUUUCCUCCACUUUUCUCGUUUUCUUGUAGCUCAGGGCAGCAAAGUCAGCAGCUGCCUGCUAAUACUGCUCUCAUUUUGUUGAGAGUUUAAUGUUUCAUAGACAGUAAUCUUCAUUUAAACAUAUCUCUUCUGUGGGCCAGCCCAGACCCCCCGGGGGCAGCAACCGUCCAUUUUUGAGCAGAUACUGACUUUAGCCAUAUCUGAAUGUCAAGCAAUAAUGUAAAUGUUUUUUAAUCAUUGACACUUGUGUAUAGUUUUAUAAAUAUGGCAUGUCAACACAUUCUGAUGAUUGAUGGAUUAAAUCAGUGAUUUCUCCUUUGAAUUGUGUUUCAUUGUUUACUGUAAACGACACAUUUUCUCAUUAUUUCAGUAUUUGUUCUGUAAAUAACCUCAUAAAUUAUAUUGUACAGACCCCAAACCUUUUAUAUGUUAACGAUUAUGUGUCAAACUGUAUUAUAUGUGGUUGAUAUGAUGGUGACAGAACCAUUUUUUUGUUCAUGUGGUGCAGGUUCGGGUGUUUAUUUUGCAGAUUAAACUACACGUGUUUGUUCUAAACAUCACGAUAAAGAAAAGAACCAGGUUUUAAAGGAACAUCCUUGAGUUUAAACAAGUCUUGUUAUUAGAUGGUUGUUAGCCCUCAAAACGAUGUGUAUCAAAGCAAAUUUCAAUGAGAAGGUAAUGUUUGUUUGCAGUAGCAUACAUUAAAAUGAAGUAAAAUUAACAAACAAUUAAAGGAGCUGUAUGUAAGAGCAAUAAUAAAACGAAUCAUAAAAUGACCCCGAUAUGUCAACAGACAUUUAAAAAUCAUGUUAUUUCAAAUACUUAUGUCACUGACAACAGCACUCAAGCCAGGAUAUUCCAGUUUAAAAAGAGGAGUUGCAGCCCUCAACUGAUGUUUAUGUUGUCAUUUUUUGUUUUGGCCUGAAGCUCCACCCUCCACCUAUCUCCCAAUCACCAAGUCAGUAUUGUUUCUGAAGCUCCACCCUCCACCUAUCUCCCAAUCACCAAGUCAGUAUUGUUUCUGAAGCUCCACCCUCCACCUAUCUCCCAAUCACCAAGUUAGUAUUGUUUCUGAAGCUCCACCCUCCACCUAUCUCCCAAUCACCAAGUCAGUAUUGUUUCUGAAGCUCCACCCUCCACCUAUCUCCCAAUCACCAAGUCAGUAUUGUUUCUGAAGCUCCACCCUCCACCUAUCUCCCAAUCACCAAGUCAGUAUUGUUUCUGAAGCUCCACCCUCCACCUAUCUCCCAAUCACCAAGUCAGUAUUGUUUCGGCAUCCGGGUUGCCAGCUCGGCUCUAAUUAUCGCAGCCAUGGCAGCCUACGUUCCUGCUGCAUUCUGCAGCCUACCUGGCAACCUCUG